AUGACCGACCAGACGAUCAAUAUCCCGCAACUGGUCCUCAUACUGCUGCUCGGUGGUCUGGCCAUCCGCUUCUUCUUCUUUUCUUCAACAAAUUCCGCGUCGCAAAGUCGCAAUUCGAACUCUGCGAGUAAUGUCCGCGCAAGAGAGGCAGAUGUAGAGAGAAUACAGCAGAUGUUCCCACAGGUAUCACGGCGAAGUAUUAUGUGGGAUCUGCAGCGGAACGGAGGGAAUGUCGUAGCUACGACGGAGAGGAUACUAAGUGGAAGGGGCUUGGAAGUGCCUCCGCAAUCGUUUCAACCUCCUCUACCAGUUGCCGCUUCUUCAGCGGCAUCUACUGCAACUCCAGCACAAGCAAAGCCACUUCAGCCAGAUCUCAUCACACGAUACAACCUUAAAGCGAAACUUGCAGAAGAGGCUAGUAAGUCGGAGACAUCAGCGGAAGAAGGAAUGUCUGCGCCCACAGCGAAGCAAAAGCAAGGCCAGGCUUGGAGUGCGAAUAAGGGAGAGAGACAGGCAUUGUUACAGAGGAGGAGAGAAGAAAUGAUCAUGGCAGCGAGAAAGAAGAUGGAAGCAAAACUAGCGGCUGAAACUGCAAAUGGAGCGCAGGCAGAAUAA